AUGGCUGAAGCUGAGUCAGAAAAAUGUUCUGUUCAACCGGAUACGUCCAAAAACCUUUACAUCGAAGGACAAGAAAGUGAAUUAGAAAGGUCUCUCAGGAAUGACAAAGAUACCAGACACAUUCUUCUUAUUGGCAUCCCUGGAAGUGGCAAAAGCACAUUUGGAAACUCUCUUCUUGGACGCAAAGAUUUUGUUGCAGGUUGCAGUACUAAGUCUUUAACUCAGAAAGUUUUUUGUGGAGUUGGUCAUAGGAAGGGCAAGGAAAUUGUAGUGUUUGAUACGCCAGGAAUCGAAAAAGAUGACGAAAACAACAAAAGAGCAUUAGAUAUUUUAUCUAAAUGCUUUUGGUGUUUAAGUCCCGGAUUCCAUGUUGUAGCGCUGGUUAUUGCAUUAGGUCGAAUAACUAAGGAACAUUUAACUCUUUUGAAAGAGUUAAAAAGAGUUUUUGACAAUAAGUGCUUGAAAUAUCUUCUUGUCGUGUUCACAAGACUCGACGAUUUGGGGGACAACUCAUUGGAAAGGCUCAUUGACGAGGCUGAGCCGGUAAUAAAAGAUCUAACGAAAGGCGGAAGAUACAUCGGUAUAAAUAAUAAGGCAGAAGGAGAAGUUAUGGAAAACCAGUUGUGCGAUUUUUUUAAUAAGGUUGAAAGUAUGUAUGAAAAAAAUGAUUUCGAGUGCUACACAGACAGUUUGUUCAAAGAAUCGCACGAACUGCUCAAGAAGAAAGCCAAGGAAUGUGGAAUGUCGGAGGCAGAUGCAAGAACAAACCUAACUCCCCCCGAAGAACAAAAAGAAGAAGUAAAGAAACGGUUCCUCCCUUGUACAAUUCUGUAA